AUGGCUCCACUCGCCCCUCUGCAAAAUAUACAGUACUGUACCAGGGUACUGUUGCACCUGUCUUCCAAUCUAUUACACUACAGUCCACAGAACCCCCGUAUCCUUACAGUAAAGUUCAACCCAGUCCCAAAUCCCACAACUACUAUACACAUGUUACACUAG